UGUCCAGCAGGGCCGUUAGCGCCCGCGGAGAAGCUGCGCCUAAGGAGAAGCUGCACUUCAGGUCACUGGAGGGGUGCUUCACUGACAUCAAUGGCAGCCACGGCGUUGGCGGCGCGUACCCGGCAGGCCGUCUGGAGCGUCUGGGCAAUGCAAGGCCGAGGCUUUGGCUCGGAACCGGGAGAUAAUGUUAGGUCCAGUGCGGGCGCGGUCCGGGACGCCGGUGGGGCCUUCGGAAAAAGAGAGCAGGCCGAAGAGGAGCGAUACUUCCGAGCUCGUGCUAAAGAACAGCUGGCCGCCUUGAAGAAACACCAUGAAAAUGAGAUCUCUCAUCAUGCAAAGGAGAUUGAGCGCCUGCAGAAAGAAAUUGAGCGGCAUAAGCAGUCGAUCAAGAAACUAAAACAGAGUGAGGAUGACGACUAAGUGCACAAGUUCUCCACAGAAUGGCUACCUAUUAUCGCCCACUUCUAUGUAGACAUAAUUCUGGUUUAACCUAAAUCAACCUGUGUGCUUCCAACAAAUUAUAAUAAAUUGUCAUUAGUGA